CUUCGUUCCCCUCUUCACCAUACACAGUCCCUUUUUUUCCUCAAACACUUUCUUCUAUUUAAACUCCUUUCUUUCCCUCUCUUCUCCCAACCUCUCUUUCUUUGUUCUCCCUUCUUUACGGAAAAUAAUGACUUCUAAAAUUGCAAAUUAUGGAGUUUCUCACUCCUUUCCACCAUCUACUUCUUAUUCUUCCACUUCACUCGAUUUUACUCUCCCUUCGAAAUCCAUCUCCAUGACAAGAAAAACUAAAAUUCAUUCUGCUCUACUCACUUUCCCAAAACAAAAAGAUUCCCCCAAUAAACAAGCAAAAUUUCAUACACCUGAUUGGAACCUUUUCCAAAAGGCAGCAGCAAAAGCUUUAGAUAUCGUGGAAAGCGCGUUAGUCUCACUCGAAUUACAAAACCCACUUCCUAAAACGUCCGAUCCACGUGUACAAAUUGCCGGAAACUUUGCUCCGGUACCGGAGCAAUCAGUCCGGCAUAAUCUUCCCGUUACGGGGACGAUCCCGGAUUUUAUUAACGGCGUUUAUGUUCGUAAUGGUGCUAACCCGCUUUUCGAACCUGUUGCCGGUCAUCACCUUUUUGACGGUGAUGGCAUGGUUCAUGCCGUCACCGUCGAAAAUAGUUCAGUAAGCUAUUCUUGCCGUUUCACUGAAACGCAAAGAUUAGUUCAAGAACGUGAUUUGGGUCGCCCUGUUUUUCCAAAAGCUAUUGGUGAGCUCCAUGGUCAUUCUGGAAUUGCUAGGCUAUUGCUUUUCUAUGCCCGUGGAGUUUUCGGGCUUGUGGAUCAUAGCCAUGGUACCGGAGUGGCUAAUGCCGGAUUAGUUUACUUCAAUAAUCGUCUUUUAGCAAUGUCUGAAGAUGAUGUACCUUAUCAUGUUAAAGUUUUGCCUUCUGGUGAUCUUCAAACAGUUGGAAGGUACAAUUUUGAUGAACAAUUGAAAAGUACAAUGAUUGCUCACCCGAAAAUUGAUCCUGUUUCGGGUGAGCUUUUUGCUUUGAGCUACGAUGUAGUUCAAAAGCCUUACUUGAAAUCCUUCAAGUUUUCACCGGACGGGAAGAAAUCGCCCGACGUUGAAAUCCCAUUGGAUGUUCCAACCAUGAUGCAUGAUUUCGCUAUUACUGAGAAUUACGUUGUAAUUCCUGAUCAGCAAGUUGUGUUCAAGCUUCAAGAAAUGAUCAAAGGAGGCUCCCCUGUGAUUUAUGACAAAAACAAGAAAUCAAGGUUUGGAAUUCUACCCAAAAAUGCUAAAGAUUCUGAUAAUAUUAUUUGGGUAGAAUCACCCGAAACGUUCUGUUUUCAUCUAUGGAAUGCUUGGGAAGAGCCAGAGUCAGAUGAAGUAGUUGUUAUUGGUUCAUGCAUGACACCACCAGAUUCAAUUUUCAAUGAAUGCAGUGAGAAUUUAAGGAGUGUCUUGUCAGAAAUAAGGCUCAAUUUGAAGACGGGAGAAUCGACGAAACGACAAAUAGUUCCAUCAUCAGAUCAAGUAAAUUUGGAAGCUGGAAUGGUGAGCAGGAAUAAACUCGGUCGAAAAACACAAUUUGCUUAUCUUGCAAUUGCAGAGCCAUGGCCAAAAGUUUCUGGUUUUGCAAAAGUGGAUUUAUCAACAGGGGAAAUUAAAAAACAUAUGUAUGGAGAUAAAAGAUAUGGAGGUGAGCCAUUAUUUUUACCAAGAAAUGUGAAUUCAGAAAAAGAAGAUGAUGGAUAUAUUCUUGCAUUUUGCCAUGAUGAGAAGACAUGGAAAUCAGAACUACAAAUUGUGAAUGCCAUGACUCUAGAAUUAGAGGCCACUGUCAAGCUACCUUCAAGAGUUCCAUAUGGUUUUCAUGGGACUUUCAUUAGCUCAAUGGACUUGCAAAAUCAAGUAUAGUACCACGAAAAUUAUUGGUAUAUACGUACAUAUUAGAAAGGUAGAAAGGGUGCGGUAUAAUAUAUA